GGUUUUACAACCCAUGGUGGGCCAGUCUUCCUUCCUGGGUGACUUUUAUUUUUUCCUUUUCAGGUUGUGGAAAUAAAUCCAUAAUAUUUUAUAUUUAGGAGUUUGGACACCCAGGUACAGCAUCCAGCCUCUCCUCAGUGUGUUUUGCAAACACUGCGAGAGAACCCUCUGUGUGGGGCAAUUGAAUUGUCUUCUGCCUUGCCUGGUGUAAGCUGUGAGGUGCCCGAGUCUCAUCUGGCUUGAAAUUGUUUGCUUUUGUCUUCCAUCCUCAUCAGCAGAAGCCAUGGAUCACACGCUGAAGUGGGGAAUCCCAUCCAAGCGCCCAUACCUCAAGCUCUUUCAGCUCCUGGUGCUGGCUGGUCUUUUUUACUUCUGUUCAGGCAUUAUCCAGGUGACCAAAACAGUGAAAGAAGCAGCAAUGCUAUCCUGUGAUUACAACAUAUCCACUGAAGAACUGAAGAGAGUUCGCAUCUACUGGCAAAAGGAUAAUGAAAUGGUGCUGGCUGUCAUGUCUGGAAAAGUAACGGUGUGGCCCAGGUACGAGAACCGCACCAUCACUGACGUCACCAGUAACCUCUGCAUUGUGAUCCUGGCUCUGCGCCUGUCAGACAAUGGCACCUACACCUGUGUUAUUCAGAAGCCUGAGAAAGGGUCUUACAAACUGAAACACCGGACUUCGGUGAAGUUAAUGGUCAGAGCUGACUUCCCUGUCCCUAGUAUAACUGAUCUUGGAAAUCCAUCUCCUAACAACAGAAGGAUAAUUUGCUCAACCUCUGGAGGUUUUCCAAAGCCUCACCUUUCCUGGUUGGAAAAUGGAGAAGAAUUAAAUUCUACCAAUACAACACUUUCCCAGGAUCCUGAAACCGAGCUCUACACGAUUAGCAGCGAACUGGAUUUCAAUAUGACAAGCAACCACAGCUUCGUGUGUCUUGUCAAGUAUGGAGGCUUAACAGUGUCACAGACCUUCAACUGGCAAAAAUCAGCCAAACCAGCCCCUUCUGCUAAUCAGCUCCUGCUCUGGGCCAUUAUUAUCCCAGUCUCAGCAUGUGGGAUUUCUGUGAUCAUUGCAGUAACACUAACAUGGCUGUCCUGCAGACAUGCUGCAAGACGGAGAGAGAGGAGGAGGAAUAAGGAGAGCAUGGAAAUGGAAAGGAUUUCCCCAUCUACAUAGGAUCUGUGGAAGGACUGGGCUGACCAGAACACCUCGAGGUCCCACAUCCAUCUGAGAUCGACCUCUUCUUGGAGCUUCCUCAAAUGGCCAGGAUUAUCCCACCUCGACCUUCAUGUAUCUGUUCUCUAGGAGCCUCUUCAGUCCAGUGGCUUUGCUGAAAGUGACUAGAGGAGUAUGAUGGGGACAGAAGUAGCUAUGGUGACCCUGACCAACGAUUUGGAAACACAGAAUUCUUUAGGCCUGGAAGAGACAUUAGUGAAUACUCUUACUAAUGACAAGGACAUCGAAGUCCUGGAAGGUGACUUGAAUUGUAAAGGCCAGGGCCAGAACCCAGAUUUCCUGGCACUGGUGCUCUUUUCCUUCAUCAAUCCAGCUUUGUGCUAUUAACUGGUAUGUGUGUACACACACACACACACACACACACACACACACAUCAGUCAAAGUGCUUCUGGAAACAGAAUUUAUCCAGUAUCAAUCAGGUCAAUUUCAGAGACUUGAUCUGAUGAAGGAAUGGAGAAGGAUGUUAUGUUGUUAAAAGCAAUCUAAUGUUAAUGUGUGGGAAGUAUGGUGUAUGUACACCUAGAUGAGGUUAAUGGAAAUAUUACUGGUGUUUAGCCAGCACAUUUUCAUUGUGUUCUCCUUUGUUGUUCUCCCACUUCUCUACUAGGUUCAGGAGGAAGUAGACCCAUCUAAAACUGAUUUCCUCUGACAGGUAGAAUGAAUGACUUAUACAGUAAGUCCCCUACAUAUGAAUGAGUUCCAUUCUGAAAGCGUGUUCGUAAGUCCAAUUUGUUUGUAAGUCCAACAAAGUUAGCCUAGGUACCCGACUAACACAGCGGCUAUAUACCGCUGAUUUUACGCUUGCUUCUGGACAUGCUGGGCUUGAAGUAAAUAUACUGUUACUACUGUACUCUAUACGGUACUGUAAAGUACACAAAAGCAUAAUGGUGCAUGCACGUGACAACGUAUGCCAGACACUUGAACUAACUUACAUGAUUGGACGUGCGAACACAUGUUCGCAUCUUCAAAAGUUCGCAACUUGUUAGUAAAUGCAAACAGAAUGACUUUAUUUUUUGUUUUGUAAAGUAAAUCAAACUUACCAGAUCACAGGUCAAACAAGAAUAGAUUUUGUUGAACUGUUUUUUUUUCUUUUAAAAGGAGCAACUAAAAAAUAAAUCAAUACUAUGAAAAGCCCAGAUGAAUGCUUCUUGAUAAUUCCUUGGAAAAAAGUUGGUAAGCCAAAGUAAAUACUGUAUUAGAGAACAAGGGCAUAGCAAAAUACUUAAUACACACUGCUAACCUCUGUGGUUAAGACUGACACAACCAAUAAACUGUUAAGGAGGAAAAUGCAAACUUCUCUAAGAAAAGAUUUAGCAAAAGUUGUGCAUGUGUACAAACCACACACAAACUUUUUUCCUAUUUAUAAUUUAUGAACUAAUCAAUAACUUGUUCUAGAAAGUAACUGCAAAUGAAAACAGCUUCAUAAGUUCAUUUUUGUAAUAAAAAUUGGCAUAUAUAUUUUGUUACUUCAAAGACAUAUAAAGGAAUUAAAAUUUAUUUUUAGUUAAAUUUAAAAAAAAAACAGUUCACAACUUGAAUGUUGGUAUGUAGGGGACUUACAACUCAAAGCAAUAGUAAGGUUGGAGAGUGAUAAUUUGUUUAGUUCACAUUGGACUGAUACUGUCCUUAAAUGGCUUUAUGCUAGUUUAAUCUCAUUUGUAAAAUCUUUAUGAGAAGGUUCUCAUUUAAAAUGAGAUAGGUUUUAUGUAUGUACUAAAGAGUAAGCUGUCUUUAGCAGAAAUUGAUUGAAGUAAUGAAAAUAGCAUUCCAUAAGGCUUCCUUACAUUCCUAAAGUGGCUUUUCCUCCAUGGUAUUUCUGGAUCCCUCUGACAUCAGCAGAGAAUUGAAAAGAAAGAAGUGGCCAACUGCUGUUCCUACAUCACUUAACUCAUGACUCCUCUUUCUCUGAAAUUGCCUUCCAUGCUCAUUGGACCAGGAGUGGACGUGAUUUAACCUGGGGCAAUCAGACAUUCUCAUUUGAAAAUCUGGAGUUGCACAGCAAGUUGACCAAGUUUCUCAAAUGGGGCUGGAUUUAAAACGUUUAAUUUUGGUAGCUGUAAAGGGGCUACUCUAUAUAGUCUAUGGAACAGAGGUACACUUUUAAAUGGUUGCUCACAGAACAAAAUUACAAGAAUUUACACAAACAAACAGCUACCAAAAAAAAAAAACCACCAGGAAUUGCCACAUUUAGUUAAGAUUCAUAAUCCUUGGACAUGAUCAAAAGGAGACCUCUAGAAGUAACCACAAAACAGUACAAACCUAAGAGACAGCUUACUUGUACUUUAAAUAAAUUAUAGUAACUUAUUGCUUAUUACAUUUAAUAAAUGUGUUACUACUAUUUUUUCAAGUAGUAUUUUUUACUUUUAUUAUUCUGAUAUUUUUGUGAUAUGAAUAAAAUUAUUUUAAAACCAACCAUCUAAUUUUAUAAGUUGAAGGAUUUAAUCUCAAUGUGGUUGUGAAUAGAACAAUAAACAGAUUG